ACGAAUUAUAUAUUGAUAUUCUAUAAAUAUGGGAAUUCUUCGACUUGGAAGUGGUGGUGGACUUGUGUUUGCACUUAUUUUUGAUAUUAUUGCUCUUUCAACACCUGGAUGGAUUUAUGUGAACCCUUCUUCAUGCACAAAUUGCGAUUAUGCUCAAGGAUUGUUUCAAAAUGUUUCCGGAAACACAACAACGGAAACAAUCCGAGGUGAUGCAGAAAAGGUUGCCAUAUCCUUUCAGAUAAUGGGUGACGUCAUACUGAUAUGUGCAGCCAUAGCCCUAUGUAUUGGCGGUGGAAAAAAGGGUCAAGAAGUUGUAGGAAAAGUAGGAGGAGUUUUGUCUUUCGUGGCAGGUAUAUUUAUUAUGAUUGGAGUUGCAAGUUAUACCGGACUUUAUGCUUCUUUCGUCGAAGAGAAAAACGUCGACUGGGGUUACAGUUUUGCCUUUGCCUGGACGGCUUCUUGCAUUUGUAUUAUUGCGGCACCCUUAGCAUUUAUAGAUAAAUAACUUAUAGACAAUUGAAAACCAGGAAACACGGAUAUGAAUGUUAAAAAAACGACCGUGUUUCGUUGGGCUUAACCUUUUUAUGUUAUUAAAAUUGAUUUGUAAAUUAUUACAGUGACUACAAUAAAUACUUUUUUUCCAAAUUUCUAGACUGUGCUCAAGUACAAAAAGUUGUCUCAUUUAUUUUUUGUAUUCCAUAGAAUUCCAACAAUCAUUUUACAUUACUAGACACCCUUAUACAAGUAAUCUUAAAAGUUUAAAGCCCCGUGAAAGAUCUCGGUGUAUUUAUGAACCUACUUAGAGUGGCCCAGUUACUUUUUAUUCACAUUAGAUUCGUCUUGCCUGUCGUGGUCGCUUUUCAUUUUAACACCAUAUCUAUUUCAAUAUAAAAAAUGCCAAUAAAAUUUUUUAUUAAUCAAAGGCAGUUCAUUAAAACGAAAUGAACUUGUGUUUGAUAAUCAUCAUUUUAACUCAAUGUUAACACAAAAUCUUGGUUGUAAUUUUGUAUUUGUUGAUGUUUUAUUACUUGAUUUUUUUGAUCUAUUUUUAUCAAAUUUUGGUAAUUAUCUGGCUGGAGGUUCUCUAUUAAUGAUUAAUGGAAAACAAGGAAAAUCCCGUUACUCUAUAUGUUAACACAAAAUCUUGGUUGUAAUAUUGGUUGGUGCUAUUUUAUAUUUGUUGACGAUUUAGUACUUGAUUUUUUUGAUCUAUUUUUUAUCAAAUUUUGGUAAAUUUCUGGCUGAAGAUUCUCCUCUAUUGAUG